AUGGCAGGUUUCAGGUCCUUGGCAGCGACCGUUCCAGUUCUCGGUACUCUACUUCAUAGGUUGAGCGACUCGACGAGCGGUGAUGGCGAUCUGGUUGUUGAGGGUAAUGCGGCAAUGCGUAUCAAGCAGGCGCUGUAUCUCAAGCAGUUGGCGCUGGCCAUGAGGUGGUCUUCGAGCGAACUAGAGUUCGGUGGCGCGGCCAAAGAUAUUCGCGGGUGGAAGCGACCGAUCGACGACAAGGUUGCCUUCCUCAACGAGUCGGGCGCCGUGGACGUCACGUUCGCGCUGCUCGACAACGUCAGCCUGCUGCACGUCGACUUCUACAACGCGGCCUCGGGGCGCGGCGGGAACUUCGAGAUCGCGGUGCCAGACGCCGAGUACUUGCUCGCCGAGCUUCUAGGCAUCGAGCAGGAUCUCCUCGUGGACCACAGAGGCCGCCCGCUGCCCGACGCCAGGGCGGCGCGGAUGCACCGCGAGCGCAGCUACCGCGCGCAGUUCGCCGAGGUCCUCGAGGAACUCAGGCGCCAGACCUCCGAGGACGGCGGGGCGCUGCCGCUGGACGAGCUGGACGCGGAGGACUCGGCCGAGGACUUCGAGCCGCGCGUCGCCGGCCAGGACCACCCGCAGGCGGGCUCCCACCUCCCGCCGCUGCCCGUGGCCGUCGCGGUGCCCUGCGUCGUGGUCGGGGUGGUGCUCCUGGCGGCCCUCGCGCCGCCCCUCGGGCGGGUGCGCGAGCGCGCCGCCGCGCUUCUCGGCGUGGGGCGGCGCGCGCCGCCCUGAGGUUCUGUUGGCGGCACGCCUGGCGCAGUUCCACAGCGAGUUCCUCUUUGUCUUCCUGCUUCCUUCCUUCUCCUCCCUUCUCCCUCCUCCUCCCUCCUCACUGCUCCCUUCUGCUUCUCCUCCCCCUCCCCCCUCUUCGCUUUGUUGCGCAGACGCGGCCGUGAUCGGGUUGUCACGAAAGGUGCCGG